CAGGAGGAGGGCGAGAGAGAGGCGGCGGCAGCCGUCGCCAGACCUGCCGCCCGGGCACCGUGGCCCUGAGGGACCUGGGCAAGGGAAGCACGCUGGUGACCAGAAGUGUGAUGGCUCAGCUGGACUCGGACUCUAAGGAAGAAGUGUCCCUUAAGGAGGAUUUAAAAUUCUAUUUUAUGAAUCCAUGUGAAAAAUUCAGAGCUAGAGGUCAAAUACCCUGGAAACUGGGACUUCAGAUUCUGAAGAUUGUUAUGGUUACUACCCAGCUCAUCCUUUUUGGCCUGAGAAAUCAGUUGGUGGUUUCGUUCAAAGAGGAAAAUACUAUGGCUUUCAAGCAUCUGUUCCUGAAAAACUAUUCUGGUGUUGAUGAAGAUGACUACAGUUGUAGUGUGUACACACAACAAGAUGUUUAUGAUAGUAUCUUUUUUACAAUUAGUCAGUAUCAACAACUGAAGAACAUAUCACUGGGCACACUAGGUUAUGAGCAAGAUGAAGAUGACCUGCAAGGCUUGCAGAUAUGUAAAAAGCAAUAUAGAAAAGGCAUGACGCUAUCUUCAAAUGAUACACUGCAUAUAGACAGUGCUAUUGAAACAGAAUGCGUUCGCCUGGAGCCUCAGGAACUGGCUACUAAGGAAAUAAGUGACUUGAAGAAUACAUCAUUUUUCCUCUUUGAGUUUUAUAGGCUCAUACAGGUUGAAAUCUCUUUUAAACUAAAAGGAAUUGAUCUACAAACCAUUCAUGCUCGUGAGCUGCCUGACUGUUAUGAAUUUGAGAAUACUGUUACAUUUGACCAUAAAGCCCACAGUGGUAAAAUGAAAAUAUUUUUUGAUACGGAUGCUGACAUAGAAGAAUGUAAAGACUGGAACAUAUCUGGCUCUAUUCAGAAAAACACACCAUAUGCCUUGGUUUUUGAUGGCUUUGUCAUUGUGAACUGCUUUGCUUCCCUUAUUCUCUGCACACGGUCCAUUAUUCUUGCUCUAAAACUGCAAAAAAGGUUUGUGAACUUCUUCUUAGAGAAAUAUAAACGCCAUGUGUGCAGUGCAGACCGCCUGGAGUUCAUUAAUUGGUGGUAUGUCCUGGUGAUUAUAAGUGAUAUGAUGACUAUCAUCGGAUCUAUAAUGAAAAUGGAAAUAAAAGCUAAGAAUCUUACAAACUAUGAUGUUUGCAGUAUUUUUCUUGGUACAUCUACUUUACUUGUCUGGGUUGGAGUCAUUCGGUACUUAGGCUAUUUUCAGACAUACAAUGUGCUUAUUUUAACAAUGCAAGCAUCAUUGCCCAGAGUUCUAAGGUUCUGUUGCUGUGCUGGAAUGAUAUAUCUUGGCUAUACUUUCUGUGGCUGGAUUGUUCUAGGGCCAUAUCAUGAAAAGUUUGAAGAUCUGAACACGGUAGCAGAGUGCCUGUUUUCUUUGGUCAAUGGCGAUGACAUGUUUGCUACAUUUGCUCAAAUACGGAAGAAGAGUACUUUAGUGUGGCUCUUCAGUCGACUAUACCUGUAUUCCUUCAUUAGCCUCUUCAUAUAUAUGAUCCUCAGCCUUUUCAUUGCACUGAUUACAGAUGCCUAUGACACCAUAAAGAAAUAUCAGCAGAUUGGAUUCCCAGUUACAGAUCUUCAUGAAUUUCUGAAGGAGUGCAGCGGCGAGCACACACAACCACAGACAUCAAUCAACUUCUGUUGCUGUAGGAGGCGUAACAGUGAUGACAGCUUGAUACUUAUUAACUGAAGAUGGAUGGUGCUGGCCUAGAUUACUGCAGAAAACCUGCCUGGGAAAGCUGACCCUCUGGAAUUGCAGUGAAGCACAGCACAUGUGUGCAUCUUCUCUUCAAACCAAAGACUUUAUGUCAGGAAAAGAGAAGCAAUGGCAUCUCCCUGCCAUCCACAUUGGGAAAUUCAAAAACUAUCAAUUAAGCUGGUAUAUGAACAGCACAUAAGCAUGUUGCAACAGCUGAUCCUAAUAGGCACUUUUGACAAAAUCCUGGGCCUUAGGUCAAUCCUCAGUUGUAACCUGCUUUCUAAAUAUUUUAAUAUUAAAAUAUUUAAAUUAAACCCAUUUCUUAAACACAAAAUACUGCAGUUAUUGGUAACUGUAAGUUUUUUGUUUUGCUCUUUUUAAGAUUGUCUUUGGAUUGAAGCUUAAUGGGCUUCCUUUUACACAUGCCUUUGUUAAAUGUAUGCAAAACUCAAUUGCUUGGUUUAUUUCUCCCUGUGUUCUGGUUUUGGGUUCAUGAGGUUGAUAUAAAGCUGUCUAGACAUUUAAGGUUCACUUGGCUGUAUAUGCACUUUUCCUAAAAACAAACUUUUCAAUCGGUAUGGGGUAUUUUGUUUUUGUGGCCUGGACAAAGUUUUUCUCCCAUUAUCCCCUUAAAUCUAAUUAAGGCUAGUCUUAGGUACUCCUGAAUUCAAUGAGACUUAUUCCUAAUGGGUUUCACUUGUCAGCGAACAUACGUAGCUUUGGCAAACACUUCCAUAGCAGUUAUGGGACAAUCUCAAAAUGUCCCAUGAUUUCUUAGAAAGAACACAGCUUCUAACUUGCAUUAUGGAAAUUUGAUAGGAAACUGUAAUUUUAAAAGCUCAACCACCCAUUACGGGUUCUGAAAUAAGGACAGCCAUUUCCCAAAAAUGAAUAAAUACAAAUACAAAUUGGGAAAUGGUUCAGUUUAUACCCAAUUUGAACCUGUCCACUAACCCAUAUUCAAAUUUGGCAAGGAAAUUAAACUUUCCAGGAUAUAGAAAGCAUUGCUGUAUCUCUCCAAUGGCUUCCAUAGCAGGGAAAAUGUGGAAACCACUAGUGUGCACAGCCGCCCAGGUUCCUUGGGGCCAGAGGGUGCUGGGGAUUGGCGCUGUUUCUUCAGGGUUGCAGCCUCUUUACCUACGUAACUUUUCAUCUCGCUUGCAGCUGCCACUCAGAAGUUUUCAAGGGAAUGGUAAGUGUUUGGUGAUGGGGAGCAUUGUUGGUAGAAGGAAUUCUGGGAACUGAGAAGCCUGGAAUUCUUCUUUGGCUGGGAUUUUAAGCAAGCACUUUAGUGUUUUGUUUUGUUUUUUUAAUUAUGAACCACCUCCUCCUCUUCUAAAA